AUGCAGCUGGUCAGCCACAGGUAUGUCCACCUGGUCAGCUUCGGCUUCUGCUUUGGCUACCUGGCGUUUGUGCGCCUGCUGGACGCCUUCGUCCACCCUGUGUCGCCGCUCCUGAACCUGGUCCAGAUGCUCACCAGUCUCCGGCUGGUGGGACUGGCCUUCGAGGUGCACAACAGCUGGCGGCUGGCCCGCGAGGCCAAGAGGCCCGACCUCUCGGACGAGGCCCGAGCUGAGAUGACCUUCACGGCGGUGGCGCCGUCUGCCGCCGACCAGCUGUACUACACGUUCUUCUACGUGGGCAUCAUGACUGGCCCGUACUACACGUUCGUGACGUAUCGCCACUGUGUGGCCGGCACGUUCUGGCCGUUCGCCGACUGCUGGCGGCCGGCGCUGCGGCGCGCCCGCCUGCUGCCGCUGUACGCGGCGCUCUUCCUCCUACUGGGUCACCUCUGGGCCAUCGAGUACGUCAGCUCGGACGCCAUGGCCGCCCGCCCCGUCUGGUACCGCGUCUGGUACAUGUAUCCGGUGUUCGCACACUUCCGCAUGCGCAUGUACAUCGGGUUCGUGCUCUCGGAGCUCGCGUGCAUGGCGCACGGACUGGGCGCGUUCCCGGCGGCCAGCGAGGCCCGGCCCGGCCGGGGACCGACUCGACACGCGGCUCUGCUUCGGCUCAUGGAGGACCCCGCGGCGCUGGCGGCGGCCCGGUACGACUUCGAGACGGUGCACAACAUCCGGGAGGACAGGGUGGAGCUGGACGUGACCAUGACGUCCGUGCUGAAGCAGUGGAACACCACGGUGCAGUACUGGCUGUACACGGUGGUGUACCGCAGCGUGCCCGGCUCCAAGGUCGUCAGGGCAUCGCUGACGAUGCUGGUGUCGGCGUUCUGGCACGGCAUCCGGUCCGGGUACUACCUGUCGCUGCUGGUCUGCCCCCUGUACAUGGCCGUCGAGGAUGUGUGGGACCGUCUGCUGCGCCGGCGGCUGUCGCCUCAGCGCGUCUGGCUGUACGACGCCGUCACCUGGCUGCUGCGCGUCUCCAUGUUCAGCUACCUGAGCAUGGGCUUCCUGCUGCUGGGCGCCGAGCCGACGCUGGCCUACUGGCGCUCGGUGUUCUGGUGCGGCCACGCGGGCGGCGCCGCCCUGUACGCCGUCGGCCUGGGGCUGGCCUGGGUGUUCGGACCGGUCCGCUCGCAGCGCGGCAAGGUCGACUGAGCCGGCCGCGGCGCCGCCGCUCGGCCACACGCCGGCCGGACCGAGCGCCGGAGUCACCACGUCGGCCGGCGAGGUGUGAGACCGAGCGCUGGAGCCGCCACGUCGACCGGCGAGGUGUGAGACCGAGCGCUGGAGCCGCCACAUCGGCCGGUGACGUGACACCAAGCGCUGGAGCCACCACGUCGGCCGGCGAGGUGUGAGACCGAGCGCUGGAGCCGCCACGUCGACCGGCGAGGUGUGAGACCGAGCGCUGGAGGCGCCACGACGACCGGUGAGGUGUGAGACCGAGCGCUGGAGCCACCACGUCGGCCGGCGAGGUGUGAGACCGAGCGCUGGAGCCGCCACGUCGACCGACGAGGUGUGAGACCGAGUGCUGGAGCCGCCACGUCGACCGGCGAGGUGUGAGACCGAGCGCUGGAGGCGCCACGACGACCGGUGAGGUGUGAGACCGAGCGCUGGAGCCACCACGUCGGCCGGCGAGGUGUGAGACCGAGCGCUGGAGCCGCCACGUCGACCGACGAGGUGUGAGACCGAGUGCUGGAGCCGCCACGUCAACCGGCGAGGUGUGAGACCGAGCGCUGGAGUCGCCACGUCGGCCGGUGAGGUGUGAGACCGAGUGCUGGAGCCACCACGUCGACCGGCGAGGUGUGAGACCGAGCGCUGGAGUCGCCACGUCGACCGGCGAGGUGUGAGACCGAGCGCUGGAGCCGCCACGUCGACCGGCGAGGUGUGAGACCGAGCGCUGGAGUCGCCACGUCGACCGACGAGGUGUGAGACCGAGCGCUGGAGCCGCCACGUCGACCGGCGAGGUGUGAUACCGAGCGCUGGAGCCGCC